GCGUACGUAGAAGUUAUAAUUUCGUAUGUACAGACCUUAAAACAAAAUCUAUUAGUUCAGCUACGUUAUUUAAGCAAUACAAUGCAGAUUUAGGAAACCAAGAAUUGUUGCAAUGCGUUUUGGUAGCAAUAUUUUAAAGCUGUUUGUUACUUAUAAAGUAGGACUUCCAAUCUAAACUUGCUUCUUAUUUCCACAGUGUUAAUAUUUGUUUUUGUAAUGUGUUAAUACUGUUAAUUAUGUCUUUAAUCAAACGAAAGGUGCUAUCUGUUUUGUUUUUAACAUUAUUGUGUCUUGUAUUUAUGGUGGACCUUAAUUUAUAUGCAGUGCAAUACAGUGUUACAUUUAAUGCUUAUCUUCCUAAAAAACACUUAAAUUUACACGAUUUUGAUUUAAUUAACAUAAGAUCUGUCCCAGAUACUGAUUUGGCAUUCAACCCAGAAUUUGCAAAUAUCAGUUGCAAAUAUGAAAGUAUUGGUUGCUUUAAUAGCACAGCAUUUAGCGUAUUAGAAAUGCCUGUAAAAACAUUUUCUGCUCGAUCUGUAUGGAAAUGUGUGUUUAUGUGUUCUCAAAUUGAGCAUAUGUAUGCUGUAUUUAACGGAGUUUCCAGCUGUAUAUGCGGUCAUGAAAUACGGCAUGAUCUAAUCUUUAAUUCCGAUACCAGUUUUUUAAGUAAUUGUAGUAGAAAUGAUACAUCAGCAUACAAAUUGACGAAUAAGUGUCGAUCUAUUAAUUUUUCCCAUGUUGAAUUAAAUACUUUAAAAUAUUCGCCUUCGAGUAGUACUAAACAUCUGCCCAAACUUCAAUUAUUUUCAAUGCAAUGUAUGUUAUACUGUGAACAAAAUCAGUCUAUGUACUCUGUGGUCAAUUCUACAGCUUUAAAAUGCUUCUGUGCCGAUUCAAUUUAUUUAUCUAAUGGAUUUAGAGCAAGAAAUAGACUUCAAAAUAUUGCAAAUUUAAUUCGGACUAAUGUACAAAACCCUGUGUGCUCUAAGAAACACUUUUUACACUCACAAAAUAAAACCGAUUUGACGGGUCUCAUCAGUUUUCCUGGCUCUGGAAAUACUUGGAUAAGACAUUUGCUGGAGCAGGCAACUGGUUUAUAUACCGGUAGCAUUUAUUCGGAUGAGCACUUAUACAGAAAAGGCUUUCUUGGAGAAAUUGAGAAGUGGCAAUUGAAAAAAUGUGCAAUAAUAAAAUCACAUAAAGAAACGCUCCAGUUUUCGUCUCAUUUCGACAAACUAAUUCUCGUCAUUCGUAACCCCUUUGAUGCAAUCCUUUCCGAAUUUAACAGAUGUUUAAGUGACAGUCAUACUGGUUUUGCUAACCAGUCCAGCUUUACCGGGAAAAAAUGGCCCAAGUUUGUUCCUUACAAGAUGCAAAAAUGGAUAAGAAUUAUAAAAGUUCACCUUGAGGCUAGAAAAGAAACCACCGUCGUUUUCUAUGAAAAUCUGGUACAAAAUCCGAUCCCAGAACUAAGGCGUGUGGUAAAGUUCACUGGUUUACAUAUUCCAAAUCUUGAAGCUAGGCUAAUUUGCACACAGGAAAACCUCAAUGGUGCAUUUCAAAGGCCAAAAAGAAAGCAGAACCCAUACUCUAAUUGGAUGGUUACUUUAAUAAAUGAUGGUAUUACUGAAGUGAGAAAAGUGUUGAAAGAAUUUGGCUAUGACUGCCCAGAGUAUGAACGCUAUGUGUAAUGUAGUUAUUUUUACAUUUCGUAUUUGAAGCAAAACUAAACAUGUAGUAUAGUGGGAGAAGAUGGGACAUCUUUUUAUUCUAUUUUCUCGUCCCAUUUGGUAGUAAACAAAGAACAUUCACAGAAUUAUAAAACCGUAUUCUCACGGUCCCCAUACACUGUUGUUAAUUGUUUAAAACACGAUCAUGUUACGGAUAUUACAUACUAAAGGUGUCCCAUCUUUCCCACCCUACAAUAUGAUAUAAACAAUUAACAUUUCUUAUCAUGUUUUUAUACAUUUUUUAAUUAAAAGCCUUGAUCUUUUUAGUUUUUACAUAAGCGUUAUUUAGUAACAUUUCAUAUAUUGGUGCAUUAUUACAUGUUAUUUACAUAGUAUUUGUGCAAUUGUAAAGUAAACAUAUGUGUUGCAAUAUUUACAAUAUACCUUUUUUCAUUAAAAGUCACUGAUGUGUCAUUCUAAGUCGUAUCUACACAUCUUGCUUUGUUUACCUUUUGUACUUAAGUCGAACAGACAAAAAACUUGAUUUGUGCAGUUUUAAAAUGAACAUGUAAUAUGUAUUGCAAUAUUUACAUAUUUAUAUAAUAUAUUAUAUGUAUAAUAUACCCCCUUUUAUUAAAAGUCACUUCUGUGUUAUUUCAUUUUCAAGUCAUAUAUGCACAGCUUGCUUUGUUAACUUAAGUCAAACAGUUGAAAUACCUAGUUUUUGCAAUAAAGUCAGCAUAUGUAUUUACAUUCAUGUUACUGUAAUGCAG